AUUAUGUACUUUCUUAUUGUUGAAUGACGUCAGAUGCAGUGCCUCCCGUGUGUUGAGAGAGGCAAACAAGGAAAAAAAAUACCAGGGAAAAUAUCUGGCUGGCUAUCUUACUGCUUGCUAUAGUUUUAAUGAUGGUAGUCUUGUCAUGGCCUUUAUCGCCCACCAUAUAGCUUUUUAUUGGUGAGUGACGUCAGAUGCAGUGCCAGAUGUAUUGAUAAGAGAAGCAAACAAGAAAAAAACAUUGCCAGUGGAAAACGUAUCAGCUUGUCAUCCUCUUGCUGUUUCUUAUUGCAGAGUGAUGUCAUGCAGUGAUCCCCCCGUGCCUAAUGUGUUGAUAAGAGAGACAACAAGAUUCUGUAGAUAACGGCCUUCAACGAGAGGGAUGGGCCUGCCAGAGGUGGUUCGAGUGCUGGAGAGCUACAGGGGCCGAGAGAAGACCCUGAGGACCCUCCAGUAUGGCCUCCUCUUUAUCACCCCAGCUGCCAGGCACUCCUACAGGGCCACUCUUGAGGCCAUCAGCUCCCAGAUUGGAGGAGCUCGGGUCAUUCUGCGGCUCCUUGAUGACCUGUCAAUGCUGCAGUACUCCCUGGGGGUGCUGAGACAGGGCAAGGGGGAAGACCGGGUUGUGAGGUGUCUGGAUCUGGCCAGUAUUGUGGUGGACCAACUCUUCUUUCCUAUGGAGCACUUGGCAUGGGCAAGGGAUGUCAAGCUUCUCCGCGGCAGCUCCUCACCCCUUUGGCAUGCCUCUCUCCUCCUGUGGGCUGCCUCCCUGGUGUUCACAAUCCUGAGAUCUUUGCGUAAAAUUUCCCUCAUGCAACAAUAUGCAUCUGAAUUGACAGCUGAGGAAAAAGAGAAGAGAGAAGAGCAGCGUGAUGCAGAGCUGUUGACCAUCAUCAUGCAUGCAGCUGACCUUCUCAAUGCACUUAACUGGCUGCCAAACAGGCCGUGGAGUAAAGCAUUUCCCCAGUGGCAGGUAGGAGUGUUUGGUCUGACAUCAUCCCUGAUUGGUUUCUAUAAGCUUCUUACAGCAAAGUAAUUGUGAGGUGACCAAGGGAAGCUAAUACAUAAUAUGUCAUGG